GGAGAGAGGGGGGUGGUUGCUGCUGCCCGGGGAGGGCCGGGAGUCUUUUCCACGUUUGCAAACGCCGCCGCGCGCCCAGGCCCGACCCGCGCCGCCCGAGCUCCGCGAGCCUCGCCAGCUCCGCGCCGCGCCCCCUCCUUUCCUCUCUGCCCGCGAUGGCGAUCAGAGCCCGGGGUUGGCGGCCCCCGCCGCCGCCGCUGCUCCUGCUGCUGCUCUGGGUGACCGGGCAGGCGGCGCCCGUGGCGGGCCUGGGGCUGGGCUCCGACACGGAGCUGCAGAUCGAGCGGCGCUUCGUGCCCGACGAGUGUCCCCGCACCGUGCGCAGCGGCGACUUCGUGCGCUACCACUACGUGGGAACGUUCCCAGACGGCCAGAAGUUCGACUCCAGCUAUGACAGAGACUCCACUUUCAACGUGUUUGUGGGAAAAGGACAACUGAUUGCAGGGAUGGACCAAGCUCUGGUCGGGAUGUGUGUAAAUGAGAGGCGUUUUGUGAAGAUCCCCCCAAAGCUGGCCUACGGAAGUGAAGGAGUUUCUGGUGUGAUCCCCCCAGAUUCAGUGCUUCAUUUUGAUGUACUUCUGAUGGAUAUUUGGAAUUCGGAAGAUCAGGUUCAGAUUCACACUUACGUCAAGCCCCCCAGUUGCCCUCGGACCAUCCAGGUGUCUGAUUUUGUUAGGUACCACUACAAUGGAACGUUCUUGGAUGGGACACUGUUUGAUUCGAGUCACAAUCGCAUGAAAACAUAUGACACAUAUGUGGGAAUUGGCUGGCUGAUUCCUGGAAUGGACAAAGGGCUGUUGGGGAUGUGUGUGGGAGAAAAGCGCAUCAUCACCAUACCUCCUUUUCUGGCCUAUGGAGAAGAUGGAGAUGGGAAAGACAUUCCUGGACAGGCAUCUCUGGUGUUUGAUGUUGCAUUAUUGGACCUCCAUAACCCCAAGGAUGGCAUUUCCAUUGAGAAUAAGGUAGUACCUGAAAACUGUGAGCGGCAAAGUCAAAGGGGGGACUUUCUCAGGUAUCAUUACAACGGCACACUUCUGGACGGCACAUUCUUUGAUUCCAGCUACUCGCGGAACCGCACCUUUGACACGUACAUUGGGCAGGGCUAUGUGAUUGCUGGGAUGGAUGAAGGUUUACUCGGCGUUUGCAUAGGAGAGAAGCGGAGGAUCGUGGUCCCCCCUCACCUGGGGUAUGGCGAGGAAGGAAGAGGGAACAUCCCCGGCUCGGCUGUGCUGGUGUUUGACAUCCAUGUGAUUGACUUUCACAACCCUUCAGACUCCAUCAGCAUCACCUCCCACUAUAAGCCCCCCGACUGUUCAGUGCUGAGUAAGAAGGGGGAUUACCUCAAGUAUCACUACAACGCCUCACUUCUGGAUGGGACCCUGCUGGAUUCCACGUGGAACUUAGGUAAAACGUAUAAUAUUGUUCUGGGAUCUGGACAAGUCGUGUUGGGAAUGGAUAUGGGUCUCAGAGAGAUGUGCGUCGGGGAGAAACGGACCGUGAUCAUUCCACCCCACCUGGGCUAUGGGGAGGCUGGUGUGGAUGGAGAAGUGCCCGGCAGUGCUGUGUUGGUGUUUGACAUCGAGCUGCUGGAGCUUGUGGCCGGCCUGCCGGAGGGGUACAUGUUCAUAUGGAAUGGCGAGGUGUCAGCCAACCUCUUUGAAGAAAUUGACAAGGACGGCAAUGGAGAAGUCCUCCUGGAAGAGUUCUCAGAGUACAUUCAUGCCCAGGUGGCAUCUGGCAAAGGGAAACUUGCCCCUGGAUUCGAUGCUGAGAUGAUUGUGAAGAAUAUGUUCACCAACCAGGACCGGAAUGGAGAUGGGAAGGUCACAGCUGAGGAAUUUAAACUCAAAGACCAGGAGGCAAAACACGACGAACUCUAAACCUGAUAUGAGCCACUUGUGUGAUGCCAAGCCCCCUGUUGUGGCAGAAUGUGCAGUGAGGGUGCGAGGGUCUCUCAGAAGGGGAAUCGUCAGCAAGUAGUAGGUGGGUCAUAUAGUACCUGGGACAUACAUCGGGGUGGGUUGAUACACAUGGUGAGAAUUCUAGGCUGAUGCCGGUGAUACUAGAAAAAUCAGUGCGGGUGCCUUAGCAUGGGUUGUAUAGAAUAUUGAAAAUGCUGCAUUGUCAGCAGUUGUUUUGUGAGCCUUCUGGGUAGUUUUGUUAUUAAAGGGAAAUAGUGUCAUACAGAAGUUAUAAUCAUCUUGGAGGGAACAGAAGAAAAUGUGUCUAGGAUAUUUACAUAAAGAGGAUUAAAAAUGUUUUUAACUUGCUGGUGUUGUAAAAUUAUUCUCCAGAUGGCUAGAAGAGACAGAGGGCAUACCCCAGCAGGAUUCCCAGACAGCCCCAGAAAAGUUUUCCCAGUGGCCCGUAUGGGCCCUGGUAAUGCCCAACCUCCACCGUGCCUCUACUCACACACACACACACGCACACACACACACACACACACAGGUGUGCUCUUCUAGUUCAUCAUACCCCACCUCACUGUGGUCCUCCUAUUGGCUAGGUAACUUGGAGGUUAAAAAGAAAAUCAGUGGACCAAACAAAAGGCAUCUUGGACCAUGAGUAGAGAAUUUGAUUCUGCAUUUGUCACAUAAGAUUAUCUUCUUCACUCUUGCUUAUUCCCAUCACUCUAUCCCAUAGCACCCUCUCUUCUCACCCUGAAUCCUUUGAUCAGAUAUAGAUACAUGUAGGGCUGGUGGCUAAGCCUAGCUCCAGGGUAUCUCACUGUGGCCAAGAUGGAAAUGUCAUCCCAACAGGUGAGCAUAGACAAAGUGACAUAUUUCUGCCUCUCAUUUGUGUCCUAGAGAGGGAGGUGCCCUAAGGCCUGGGAGCCUCUCUCUGCAUAGGAGAAGGACACUGUACCUGCUGGCCUGUCCCCAUGUUAUGCAGUAACCACCUUGCUGCCUCAUGUCCUUUGUUCCCAAGUGGUGGUGGCACUCACCCUGCAGUAACCAAUGAUUUUCCUUUUGAAACAGCUUUGUUUUACUAAUUUAAACUAUUCUGUACUGAUGUAGCCCUGAGAUAGAUAGUUCCUGAAAAUGCUGUGCACUCAUUCAAUGGAAUAAAUGUUGGAAGAUGACUUUUUCAUAAAUAAAAUAUUGAAUUAUA